GGGUCGGCUGCUGACGGGUUGAGGGUCCGCGAGAGGGGACAGCUUGCCGCCGCCGCCGCCUUGCCUCUGUAUGAGGAUUAGGCGCAGCCGUCUUGCGUGGCUCUUUCUCGAGCACAAGGGGAGCGCGCUGUGCGGGGAAAGAGUUUAGGCAAGUUCCUGGCACCGGGUGAGUCACGCUUUGGACCCGGCAGCGCGGCCUCUUCUUGCCCGCGAGGACAGGCUGGCCUGGGGCGGGAGGGAGCAGCAGGUUCUUCCAAGAGCCGCGGGGAAGAGACCGGACGGGUUCUUCUCGCCUCCGCCGCGAGCUUCGCCGUUGCCUUUCCUGGCGCCUUGGAGGGGGGCAGAUCAGUAGGUGGAGAAAGGGAAAGGGAGCUUCAGCUGCAGUCAUUUCUGAGGAGUCCUGACAGACAGACAGACAGACAGACAGACAGACAGACAGACAGAAGCCAACUGGGCAUCCCUCUAUAGAGGUGUCUUGUUUAGGCAGGUUGCUGUCAGUCUUGAAUGUGUACAGAGCUGUUUCCCUUUUUUUCAGCAGCCUGCCUUGACGGACACUUUUCCGAAAUGGGCUUCAGAGGCCCUUUAUGAAGUUGACCUGAGUGGAUUUAGAAACACGCAGGAUCCAAACAGGUUAGAAACCUAAUCUGGUUUCCGACUGGGACCUGUUAAUAUCCUCUCGAGUUCUCUACCACGAGCAAACUCUGGUUUUUACCCCUUUGAGGAUUUUUCAGACUUUUUACUAAAGUGGGCAAAAGGACAGCAGGCAAGAUACCUCCUUUUCAAAGGAGCACCUUCUACAGAAUCAAGGGAUCGCUUUUAACAAGCUGCUAAUCCCUAUGAUUUUCAGAGAGAGGGAAAGCACCAAAAAUCUCAGUUUUUUAAAUUCCACUCCGUUGGCAACAACCCAUCUCCAAAUGGCAUAUUUGAUUCUCCUAGACUUACUGAUCUCCCCCAAUGCAAGGCCUUUCUUUGGAAAUGGCAGUAUUUGGUAUAUGAUGUGUAACUUAUUUCUGUCCAUACCAUACCUAUUCCAAAUGCAGCUGACUCCAUAGGUUUGGUCCAGUAAUUUGGAGAGGGAGGCAGCUUCACAUAGUUAAAAACAUAGGAUGAUAUUCAACCAACUCAGAGUAGACUCAUUGAAAUUAAUGCACAAGACCAAGGUCCAUUAAUUUCCAUGGGUCUACUCCAAGUUAAAAUCACUUGAAUACCACUCAUUGGGUUGUAUAUGUCUAAGUCAUGUGCUGGAAACUAAUUGCCUUCCAGAUGUUGUUGAAUCACAACUCCCAUCAGUCCCGGCAAGAAUGGCCAAUGGCUUGGGAUGUUGGGAGUUGUACCUCAGCAACAUCUGGAGGGCCAAAAGUUUAGCACAUCUGAUGCAAUCGACAACUUAACCUAAAUUCAUUGAUUUCAGUGGGUCUGUUCUGAGUAUGACAACUUGGUAGGUGUGGGCAAUUUAAAUCCACCCUUCCCCAAACAAGAACCAAGUGAUUCUCGUCCUUGGUGGCUAGCAUGUUAAGUCUUUGCUCGGAACUAUUAAGUGAUUCAUGGGUGAUGCAUUGGCAAUACAUUUAAAGUUCAUAAGUGAUUGAAAAUCCAAGCAUGCCAUUACAUUCCCUCUGGUCCUGGUGUUAAGUGUUUUUAGUUAUAUAAAUCCAGUGAGCCUUGGCUUCUUUUGUUCCUUCGUGUCUCUCACAGAGUUAAAGUCCUUGUUUGCUAUUUUGGUGCAAUGUGUAAAUGGGACAUUGUUGACUUUGCUGCAUAUUUUCUGGGUGAUGGUAACUAUGAGGUGCUGAGUGAACUUUCCCUGUUAACUUACUCUUGCCUUGCUUUUGACCACUCCUACAUCUGGAGGGGAACCAGUUGAACUAUGGCUUGCCUUUCUCUUGAAUGUGGCCUGCAUAGAUUGUGAAUGUGGCCAACAUUGUGUGUUGGGCAUUCUGAAGUUCUAGUUGCUAAAUCAAUGAUUAGCAGAAUGAUUUUUAUUGGAUUUCUCAUUUGUCCUUAACCAUAAGGUUCCAGGUUACAACAGUAUUUGUUUUUAAAAAUCUGUUAAAACAAUUGGCAAUCAGGAUAUAUAUUUGGAGUGACAAAGGCCAGGGUAAAAAGGUGAAAGAUGAAAGUAGUAUGGGGGUCUAUUGUGAGUUGCAUUCCUGUAAUGAAUGUUCUUACUUCCAAUUCUAAGAUUCAGUUAUCCAGAAUUGAAGUGCAAGCUCUAAGUUUUCAGUGGUUUAUUGCUCUUCACUUUUAUGUUGCAAGUGACCUGCUAAUAAUGUUAAUAAAGGCUUAAAAAUUAAAAACAAACUAGUGACUCACUUGAUAGUGAUAUUCAUUUUAAUAAGAGUAAUUGAAACUGUGUAUGGGGUGGGUCCUAGUUUGCUUUUAAGCAUCACCUUUCUAAAAGGAGAAUGUCUGCUUCUGCCUUAUUUAGCAUAGAGCACUGCGUGUGUGUUAUGGAAUGCUGGCUAUCUCUUUCCAGGCAUUAAUAAAUCAACUGCAGACAGAAUAAACAACACAAAUAGCUAAAUUAAGGUCCAAGGCUAAGUGCAAGGCUAUAAUUUCUUGUAACUCCUUUGUAAAGUUUGCAGUUGGAUUGUGUCUAUCCAGCCUGGGCUCUGGUUUGUCUGCAUGUGUUGGAUGUAAGGAGGAAUGUCAACUUAGGAUGGGUUAGGUCCUCACAUGACUCUGUGCCAGGUAAUGUGGCUGUAUUAUUCAGCCUGGGCACGCUGGAUUCUGUGUGCAGAGGUGCCACUUACAUGUGAUAGUCAACCAUUGUAGAUAAGCUGGGCGAGGUUUAGGCAAUGUGUGUGGAAGGGAGCUGAGCCUGGUGGCUGCAAUCUUGAUGCAGUGCUGCACAUUCCGUACAUACACAUUUGUUAAUUUGGGGGAAAGGAUUUGGUGCUUCCAAAUUAUUAACCCAAGAGCGCUGUUCUGAAAGUCAGUGAUCAAUACAGCAUAGAUAUGGAUUGUAGCUAACAUGCCCUGUUAGCUGCUUCCCAAACCAGCAGUUGGAACACAGUGGAUGCGGAGUAAAUAAGAUGGUAUCUGCGUUGCAGCUCUUAUGCUGGAUCUGUCUGGCUUAUUCUUCGUCCAGUAUUUGUGUACGCUUAGCGACCAAUGUGCGUGCGGGGGAGCCUGGGGUCAUCUGCUGUCCGCUGCUGUCUUCCAAACAAUCCAAUUACUCUGUGACUUGGCACAUAAACGGUAGUGAUAUACCCAUAACUACGGAUAACUACUCCAGGAUCCAUCAACGAGGAGACAGGCUUUGGUUUAGCCCUGCAAUGAUAGAAGACUCCGGAUUUUAUGAGUGUCGCAUUCAAAAUUCAACAAGAGAUAGGAAGGAGCUCCGUGUUUUCAAGAACGAUGAUGGUUUAUGCUUUAAUAGAAAUUACGUUUAUCCACAAAGAAUACAUUUGCAUAAUACUGGAAAGCUAAAGUGUCCCGACCUCCAGAAUUUUGAAAGUGAAAGGACUCCACUUCAGUGGUCCAAGGCAUGCACUCCUGGAUUAUCUGAAGAUGGAAGAUUUAGCCAUUUUGAGGAUUUCCUUGCAAUUAAAAAUGCAACGGAGAAAGACAAAGGAGUGUAUAUAUGCCAGCUGACAUACACCUAUCUGGGAAGACAAUUGAAUGUAUCUCGUGCCAUUAGUCUAACUCUUUUUGCGCCUCCGAAGAGAAUACCGCUGGACAUCAUUUAUCCAAACAAUAAUUCAGUUGAAGUAGAACUUGGGUCCAGUAUUGCUGUGACCUGUAAUGCCUCGUCGGGUAUUUGGGAUGAACCAUAUGUAUCCUGGAACCUUGAGGAUAACUCUACUCGGGAUUUAAAAGCAACACUCACACGGUCUCUGGAUAAGUCACCUAAUGGAGAACUUCAGCUAGUGAGAGAAAAGUUUAAUAUUUCUGUAGUGAAACCUAAACACUACCAAAAAUACUUCUGCACUGUAUGGUCUAUUAGAACUGCUCCAAGAGUUGUAUACAUCAUGCUAAAACCUCCAGCUCGGAACUUUCAGGGUUAUUUGAUUGGAGGUCUUGUUUCCCCGCUCCUUGUUAUACUGGCAGCUCUGCUCAUCUACAAGUUUUUCAAAGUUGACAUUGUGCUUUGGUAUCGGGAGUCCUGCCAGGUUCUUCUGGGUAAGGGAGUUUCAGACGGGAAGCUCUACGAUGCGUAUGUGUUGUAUCCCAAAAAUUCAGCGAACUGUGCAUAUUCAUCUGAUAUCUUUGUCCUGAAAGCAUUGCCUGAAGUCUUAGAAAAGCAAUGCGGCUAUAAGCUCUUUAUAUGUGGAAGGGACGAUCUGCCAGGGCAAGCGGUGGUCAGUGUUGCUGACGAAACUCUGAAGCAAUGCAGAAGAGUGAUCAUCGUCUUGGUACCGGAUUCAUCCUGCUUCAGCACGCAGAGACUGACCUCUGAGCAUGAAAUUGCGGUGUACAGCGCUCUUAUUCGGGAUGGAGUUAAAGUGAUACUGAUUGAGCUGGAUAAAAUAAAAGACUAUGACAACAUGCCAGAAUCAUUAAAAUACCUUAAACAAAAACAUGGAGUGCUCAGGUGGGAAGAAGGCCUUUCGGAGAAAUCUCAAAGGGCAUCAACAAAGUUUUGGAAAAAUGUACGGUACCAAAUGCCAGCCAGCCGAAGACCACCUUCCUCCGAGUUUCAUUUGCUGCCAGUACUUUUUAACUCUCCUUGGAUACCAGAAGGGUCAUAACAAGACCACAUAUGCACUGUUCUCUUGAACAUGUUCAAACAAGGGGUGCAAGGCAUGGUUCCAGGUGUGCUGCAUGCAUAACCCCAGAAAGCGGCUGUUGAGAGUGCAGUCCCUAGGAAUGUCUACUUUUGAUCACUUGGGAAGAGCCUUCCCUACCAGGAUGCGAUCAGCCAUGGACCUAGGAAGCUUUUGGUUUGGUUCAGUGAGUUCCUUGGACAAAUGGCAAAAUGUGAAUGUUUGAGCCAAAAGUUGUUUUACAGAGGAAGGAAGCGAAUGUGAAGGAAACUGUUUCCCCCUCUCAUGUGCAGACUUUAUACGUAGUCAGGUUUUAACCUGAAACAUAAGGGCUCACUUGGAACAGCUUAAAUAGCUGCUUCAUUUGUCCAAUACUUGUUCGUUCCCCUUUUAAAGGAUAAUUCCAUAUACUAUGCAUAUUAUUACGGUAUCUCCCAAGGAGAAAAACAGUAAGAGAGCACCAUAUUUUUUGGGUGGAUUGUCUUACCAGUGAGCAGAUGCAAAAGCAAGAGUGUGAAUUCUCUGUGAUUUAUUCACAUUUUAAUU